UUUUGUAAUCUUCUUCACAUAUUUUUAACGUUUUUUGUCGUAGUGUUAAUUUUUCAACAAAAUAUUCGCUUUGUUAAGAAUUAAAAAAAAGUGAAAGAAGUUUGUAACUGAUUGUGAAAUAGAGAAGCUAAAGGGCAGAAUUUUUAUAGUUACCGCCUGGGAAAUUUUGUCACAAGAAAAAAAAAAGAUAAAAAAGAAGCUUUUCAUUUAGGCUAAAAUGCCUGAUCUCGUGGAACAGAUGUACUGCUCCCAGCAGAUCAUCAUUCCUCCAAAUCUGCCUUCGAUACUUAAAAAGUACGCCAAAGCUGCAAUCAGGACGCAGCCUUAUGAUCUGCUUGUCUGGUCAUCAGCAUAUUUCCGGGCAAUCUGCGAUGGAAUUCCGCCACCUGUGAAAGAAAGGAUCGAAUACCCUCCACCAAUAUCAGAGUCUGGACUCUCCCCUGGAUUCCUUAAAGUUCUUAUCAAUCAAAUUGGUAAAGGGGAUACAGUGCCAAAGGAAAUUUUAGAGUCACGCUGGAAAGGUGUCUGCCUAAACUUACAAUAUUUAGACGAAUUGAUUUGUGUUGGAGGCUUUUGCGAUGACGUCGACUGGAGAAAGUUUAUUGCUGUUGCUGCCGGGUCAAUUGAAAGUAAUUUGACUAGAACGAUGGUAUUAAUAUGCGAAUUGAUGACAGACGAGCCAGAAGGUGGAAGUGCAAGCGUACAGUUAGAACUUUUUAUUGACCUUUAUAGAUUUCUUGCGCAGCUCGAUUGUGGGCCAAUAGAUUUUAGAAAGAGAGAAGUUUCCGAAACUGAGACAGUUUGCCCUCAAAUAACAGCAGAAGAUCAUCCAGUGAUAUGUGACUGUAGAUCAGAAGGACCGCCUCAUGUGACCUGGGAGCAAGCUCUUGAGGAAACAAAUGCUGAUGUUAUAGUUAAAGAGGGCGAAAUAGAAGAAGAAAAUCAGGAAUGUAACACAGAACAAGAGGAGUACAAACCUGAAUAUGAAGAUAACAAUAAAGGUGAAGAUGAACAAGAAAUAAAAGAAGAAGAACAAGAAGGUACAGAAGAAAUUGAAGAAGAAAAUAAAGAAGAAAGCCAGGACUGCAAAAAAGACGAAUUUGAUGAUGCAGUGAACACAGAAGUUGGAGAUAAAGCUGAUGCAGAGGAUACAGCUAAAGAAGUUGACCAAGAUAUCAAAGUAGAUGAACAAAAAGAUGAUGAGAGGACUAAUGAAAGUGAAGAAAAAGAAAUUUUACAAGCAGAUGAGGAAAAUGGUGAAAUGACAGAAGUUGAAAAUGGCGAGUCUGCAAUUCAAGAUGUUGAAGCAAAGGAUGGGGUUGUCAAAGAUGAAAAUCCAAAUGAAAAUGAAGAAAAUGGUGAAAUGACAGAAGUUGAAAAUGGCAAAUCUGCAAUUCAAGAUGACAAAGCAAAGGAUGGGGUCGUCAGUGAUGAAAAUCCUAAUGAAAUGAAAGAAAAUGUUAACAAUGUAGCUGAAAUACAGGAUGAUAAUGAUGAAGCGGAAGAGGACAAUAGGAAAAAUAUCGAUGAACAAGUAACUAAGGUCAUUUUGGACUCAUUGAGAGCAGAUGAAGAGGAUGGAGACAAAACUGAAGCAUCUGAAGAAUUCAAGGAUUCACUGGAGAUGAACGACACAGCUUCUAAAGAAUAUAUUGAUGAGGAUCAAACUGAUUCUGAAAUGUUGAAAAAGCCAAGGGAAAGUGAGGAAGUGGAAGAUAUGUUUGCCCCUAAAAUUGACAGCUUGAGAGAAAUUCUGGAUGAUGAAUACGUAGGAGAACAGGAAGGAGAAGAGAUAGAUGUCGUAGAUCAAGAAUCUAGCAAAGAAUCUGAAGAGCCAGUUGCAGAAGAGGAAGAGGAAAAAGAAGUGUUAGGAGAUGUUAUUGAAGAUAAUAUUGUGACCAUUAUUGAGCCAGAUGCAGAUAUACACCAUUUGCCAACACCGGUUACAUCCGAGAUAUCAGUUCUAAUAGAGGAACAAGCUGAAGGUGAGACAUCUGCAGAUACGUACGAUCCUUCACAAAAGUUGGCAGAGAAGCAGUCCUUGGUCGACGUCAGGGUUAUCGCCGAGGAACCUGUUGUCAUAGAAGAAGAACAAGAAAAAGAAGUCCAAGCGCAUGAUCCCUUCUGGAAACACAUUCCUGGAAUUGGGCCAGUUGUGCCAGAAGAAAUUGUUGAAGAUUUGGUUGCAUACCUAAAAGUCGUUGCUUCAUAUCAGAGCAACAUGGUCAUGCCUAAGAAUCUUCGCCAUUUCAAAUGCCCUCCUCUAGAAAUCAUUGAGAAUUAAGACAAUGAUAGAAAUAAAAUGCACUGGUAUUCUUUCUUGAAAAUUUUCACUCACAAAACGACCAGAAAGUAAUGUAGUGAGAUCAUUCAUUGCUAAAUUGCAUAUCUUGUUAACACAAUAUAAUUUUUAGUUGUUAUACACCAAUAAAACACUGAUUUAGAAA